AGCUUUGGUUCGAGCUGCUAAGCUGCGCGAACGCUUGGCAAAUGACUGCGGGAGUGGAGGGCAGAAGGGGCGAAAAGGCCCCGAAGCCCUCGCAGGACAGGAAGAAGCCCAAGUCCACGCCCAAGGUCAAGUUCUGCAUGUACCACUUGCAGGGUGUGUGCCGAUACACUGCGGAUGAAUGUCAGUUCGCACACACCAUGGAGGAGAUGCAAGGCGCGCGAGGAAAGGCCAAGCCCUCUGGUCUGAAGGCUCCGGCUGCGCCCCAGAAUAUGGCACGCGGCUGGACGGAGGUGGACUUCCCAGGAGGAGCAAGAGGACCUGGCCAGAACAUGUCAGGAAUUCAGGCGCUGUCGGAUGGGCUCCCCGUUUCGCAGGUCCCGCCGGACAUCCAAGGCUUGGCGCAGCACGUGGAUGACUUGAACCGCCAGCUGAGUCACCUCGCCAAGAUGCUUGACUGUUGUUCGACGUCGUUUCAACCUUUUCAUGCGCAAGGCAACGCUGCUUGCGCUCAGAGGUUCCCAGGUCUUCCCUUGGUCGGCCAGAUCCCGGCACCUCCAGGCUUGUGAACACCUCGGCCCUCCGAUUUCGGGAUCGCCCCGAGGUACGGAGGGUCCAACUUCGAUUUUCAUGAGGGGAAAAAACCACCCACGUGUUCACGGGCUCGGGUAGCUGGCAAAGCGCCAGCUAAGCAGGAAGCCCUUGUCCCCGGUUGUUGGUUAUGGC